AUGUCAACCGGUGCUCUGGGCACGCUGUUGUCGGAACAGCCGUACACUUUUGACGGCCUCAGAACAAUCGGGAAAGUGGUCUUUCUCCUCGACCUUGUGUUGUUUGUCACCUUUUCAACGCUCAUCACUACGAGGUUCUUCCUCAACAAGGGUGCUCUUACCAAAUCACUGCACGAUGGAAAAGAAAGCUUCUACUUCGGCACAUUCUGGGUCAGCAUCGGAAUGCUCAUAUACUGCCUCCAGGCCUAUGCCGUUCCCUCCUGCGGUCAAUGGCUGGUAACCACCCUCGAAGUGCUCUACCGGUUGUAUGCAGGCUGCGUGUUGCUGGUGGCCACCUUUCAGUACCACGUCAUCUUCGACCUCGAGCGUCUGUCCGUGCAUGAAAUGAUGCCUGCCUGGAUCUUACCCCUCUAUCCGUUCCUUGUCCUCGGUCCCGUCGCCGGUACGCUGCUGUACAGUCAGCCGCGAUCGACGUCAGCACUACCAAUCUUGAUCGGUGGCAUAGCUUUCCAAGGUCUUGGAUGGUGCUUUGCCUUCAUCCAGUACACACUAUACAUCACCAGGUUAACGAGCGGAGUGGUGCCGGAUGAAGCAGAAAGGCCCGGCAUGUAUGUGGCAGUCGGACCAGCUGCGUACACCUGCAGCGCCUUGAUCAUCCUGGGCAGUCAAGCACAAGUCAUUCUUCCACCAGGCUUUCUGGGUAUUACCACAGUGCCAGUCGGCGAUAUCUGCAAGGCGGUGGGAGUUGGCGCCGGUAUUUUCCUCUGGCUGGUUGGGUUUUGGUUUUUCGCCCUUGGCACCGUGGGUUUGAUCCACGGCUGGAAACAUGCACACUUCACCCUGAACUGGUGGGCCAUCAUUUUUCCAAAUGCCGGGCUCACUAUAGCACUGAUCCAGAUUGGCAACGUGCUAGGAAGUGUAGGUAUCAAGGCUGUAUCCUCUGCCAUGACGGUCUUGCUGUGUGGAGCGUGGCUUUGGGUGGCCUCCUUGAACAUCAGAGCCGUCUGGCGUGGUCAAAUACUGUGGCCGCAUAAUGACGAGGAUAUGGAGGAUGUUGAGGGUCAUGAGCCAUAG